GCCAUUUGCGCAUUCAUUUGAAAAAUGAGAUAACAAGUAAGUAAAAGUUGAUGUCUUGGUCUUCUAGACUUUUGUUUGGUUUGGCUGGUUUGCCGAGAAGACUGAAGACUGUGACUGUGACUGUGUUGGUAAUUCCUGUGCGAGCAACAAGAAAAUAGCCCGUGCAGUUUUGUUAUUUCCACCAGCUGAGGUGUCGUCAGAUCAGGUCCUUUCCAGAUACUGUUGACAAUGGCUGGACAAUACCAGUACAUGUACCAGCUGUGCGUCAUCCUAGUUUCGGCGCUGGCCCUUGUCCACGCGCGUGCUGAUACUCAAGCCGACGAUUCCGAGGGGACAACCACCAUUCGACGAGGUCCUUAUGUGCCAGCGCUUGUGCUGCAGAAUACACCCGUGGACAAUACCCUGUCUGAGGCAUGUUUAGCAGCUUUCCACAACUUGACCGAUGACCCAGCUACAAAAUUUCAAGUAAUGAAGAUGCUUGAUGCAUUUGGCAAGCCCGGUGCAGGUGCUUUUGAAGGUGAUUUCAGCUGGUAUGGUGACUACCAGGAGUGUCAGAGCAUUCCUAUUGCCAAGUACUGUGUCAGCAGCUUCACGUUCAAUCUCAGCGCUUCUUUUCCACCAAUGCAGACAGUGAUUGGACUAUGCCUGCCCAAGGAAUGCACUGAAGAAGAUGCGGCCCUCUUGCCGUCGCAUAUCAACGAGCUGUCCAGCAAUCCCUUUUCUAUGUCGGGAAAUGCAACGAACAUGAUCGCAAAGUUCAUGGCCCAGCACGAGAUUGCAAACACAAGCACGGGCUUCUGCCUUGAGCCACUCCAGUCUAAUGCCGGUUUCGCUGGAACAUUAUUUUUAAUCUUCUCUUUCGUGGCUCUGCUUGUGAUCGGCACGCUGGUGGACUCUUUCUAUUGUGCCGACCAGCAGCUGCCCAGAGUUGGAGUUGUUAGCGUGGACCGGUCGUCGCAUUCUCGCCCUCCGGCCAACGGCUAUGUAACCACUGGACACGAUGUCCAGUACAGCGGGAACAUGACGGACGAGAAGCUACCACUGCUGGGCGCUGUGUCCGGUCACACAGCAGCAGGUCAGCACGCCGGUGGUGCUGGCAAGUCGUCGGCAACGAGCCGCCUGCUCAUCGACCUCCUGCUCUGCUUCUCGGUGCCGCGCAAGCUGAAGACCAUCCUGGCUGCGGAGCACAAGCAGGGCACCAUCCCGUGCCUUCACGGACUGCGCUUCUUCAGUAUGUGCUGGGUGAUCCUCGGCCAUUGCUAUAUGUGGCCAACGUUGAUUGGAGAAUCCAAUAUCCUCUACGCAUACAGCAUAAUGAAAAGGACAUCUUUUCAGUGGGUGUUGAACGGUACUUUCUCCGUAGACACUUUCUUUUUCCUUAGUGGGUUGCUAGUUACCUUUCUGACGUUGAAGCACAUGGAGAGUACAGGCGGUCAAAUGAAGUGGCCAAUGUUCUACAUUCACCGUUUCUUGAGGUUGACCCCGCUGUACAUGUUUGUCAUUCUGAUGGUAAUAUACGUGACACCGUACAUUGGCCAGGGACCAAUAUGGCCGCACCUGAUGCAGGGUAUGGGUGACACCUGCAAGAAGUACUGGUGGACCAAUCUGCUCUACAUCAACAACUUCUAUCCCACUGGUCUGGCCAGCGAGUGUAUUGGCUGGUCGUGGUACUUGGCCAAUGACAUGCAGUUCUUCAUCAUCAGUCCCAUUGUCAUCGUAGCUGCUUACCGAUUCCACAAGGCCGGCGUCGCUGUUACCUGUGGAUUCCUGAUCGUGUCGUGCAUCAUCAUUCGUGCUGCGCUCACCUACUCCUUCAAUGAUCAUCUGAGUGUAUUUACGUUUGGCGUCAACACGGACCAGAUGCCCGUGGCGGUUAGACCAACUCGCAACAUGGGAGAUGUACUGUACACCAAGCCGUACACUCGUGUUGCUACCUACGCUAUCGGUAUGGUCGUGGGCUAUACUAUUCGCAGAAUGCCUAACUCUGUUCAUACGCUGCCUCGAUCAUCUCGGCUAGUGAUAGCUACCCUGGCGUGGAUGCUGGCUGCCAUUCUGCUGCUUGCGCCUGUCUUUGGCCUCACACACAUGUACAAGCACUCGACUAUCCUGUCAAUGUCGGCUAGUAUCAUGUACAACGGCUUCGGUCGGGUCAGCUGGGGACUGGGUCUGGCCAUCUUGGUCCUGGCAUGCCACUCGGGAUAUGGCGGUUUUGUGAAUGGCAUCCUGUCUCACCCCAUGUGGAUUCCUCUGAGUCGCCUGACGUAUGGUGCCUACCUGGUCCAUCCCGUCAUUCUCUUUCUCAUGUUCUCCGGUGUUGGACAAGCGGUGUACUUCACCGAUACGAUCAUGAUAUUCUACUAUCUAGCAGCACUCACAUCAUCCUACAUUCUGUCACUGGUCUUUGCCGUGCUUCUGGAGUACCCGCUACUAGCCGUGGAAUCCCGCCUUGUUGGUCGCUAAUACACGCACUCUCUGUGCUGCAUGUUAACAUCCUAGCAUGCUAGCAUGUAUGCCAGCAGCAGCUCUGGUUUGACAGGAUUAUAAUGUACCUAGGUGCACCUACAAGUCGGCAGUCCCGUGCAAAUACAGGGAGCUGCGGCCUCCACCGGUUAUCUGCUGUGCACUGUGAAGCAUUGUGUAUAGUUAUCAGAGUGCUGGUUUCUCACGUCGCUUUGCUUGAAAUACUCCGACAUCAGAAUGCCACUACGAACUCCAAGUUGCACGGCUCUAACCGAAUUGCCGGUAUUCAAACUGCUUGUUGCUUGCAGGUCAAGUCCUGUGCAGACAGCUCAUAUAGCAACACCAGCACUAUAAUUCUUCACUGAUAUACGCCAGCUCAUCACUGGCUCUCUUUUAUACACCUCUAUUUCAGCUCCCAUUAAUCUUAUUUGCGUUUCAAUUUUUGUUUUCCUCUUCCACCCUAGCAGCUGCACCUUUUUUUAUUAUUUGUAAGCGACAGUUUCUUACUUACAUUUCUUAGCCUAGUUUUAUUGUGCCUAGCCUACAGUUUCACCAUUUGACUAGUAGCCCUGUAGCUGGUUUCAGCUGGUAUCUGCAAGCAUGCUCUGGGCACCAUCCAUAUUGAGGAUUCAUAUUUUAGAACGAUUGCUGUAAGGUGAACGCCCGCAUUCGUUUGUCUCUCUUAUCAGCAAAUUUCUAUUACGCCGGCCAUUUGUGUACACAAUAUUGUAACAUUUCCAUAGGGUACUAGUAACGACGACUCUACCACACAUAACUGCCCUAUUGCAGUAGGAAAAAGCUGGCUGCUAUAUUAAAAUAUACAGUCAAUUUCGCUAAUAAGUUAUACCGACUGCGGAUAUAACAACAGAA